AUGGAUUCGGAAACUUCAUCAAAUACAGAUAUCGUUGAAUUUACCAUUCGUUCAGCUUUCCAAUCUUUUGACGAUCACAAGGUUAAAUGUUCAUUGGAAUGGACUGUUCUUGAUAUGAAAAAACAUUUACAGGAAACUUGCCCAUCAAAUCCGGAAGCAACAAAACAAAAGUUAAUUUUUUUAGGUAAAUGUUUAAAUGACUCACAAACUUUAAGAGAUAUAUUAAUGUCCCAUCAACGACAAUUAAGUGAAAAUUACAAUUCAUCAUCACUAUCAGAACAAGGCAAUGAUGAUUCAUUGGAUUUAGAGACACCAAAAAUUAUUCAUUUAGUUGUUCCAAUAGAAAAACAAACAACUGAAGAUAGAAAUGUUCGGGAGAAUGAAGAGAAUGAAUCACAAAAUAGGAGAGAUGAUCAGGCACAAAGUGGUAAUGAUACGGAGGAAAGUAACUCUUCCAAUAACGAACCUCCAUCAUCUUCAGAGGGAAUCCCAAAUAUACCUGGUUUUGUUAGUCCAACAAUUACAAAUUACGAUCCAUCAAAUCCAUAUCAUAUUUAUUAUCAGACGUAUCUAACACAAUUAAUUCAAUACCAACAUUAUUAUGCCAAUUCUUUGCGCCAAGAAUUAGGAUUAAGGGAAACUUCACCAAUGCCAUCAUUUCCAUCAAUGAAUAUUUCAUUUCAAACAAAUGUUCAACAACCAAAUAAUGUAAAUAAUGGAGGUUUUGACAAUGGAAAUAAUAAUAAUCAAGGAAAUAAUGUUAGAUAUAAUGAUAUUGUUAGAAAUUUUAAUGGACUACGCGUUGGUUUUAUGGGUAUUUUGUUAUCUGUUCUUCGAUUUUCUGCUCUUACAUUAUUGAUGAUGAAUUAUGUAACAUUUGACAGACUUUCAAUUGUUAUUGGUAUUAUUACUGUUAUGUGGAUUUUGAAAAUUUACAGAGAUAGGGGACAAGUUGUUGCUAAUAAUAAUAAUGACGAAAAUGAAAGAAAUUUGAAUGUAAAUCAACAACAACAACAGCAACCACCAAAUGAGAGUGUUAACAAUGGAGGAACAGAAAAUGCUCCUGAAGAUGAAAGAGAUACUCUUCUACAACCUGAAAAUAAUAAUGAAGAAGAAGUAUUUGAAGGUGAAAGAAAUGAGGAAGGACAAAGAAAUGAUUUACAACCUGAAGAAAUGAUAAGAAAUGAAAACAUCUUAAUUACUGCUUGGAACACAUCUCUAAAUUUAAUAACUUCAUUUAUCUAUUCAAUCAUCCCAGAAAAUGCAGGUAAUGUAAAUCAAUGA